UGUCCGUUUAUGAAUUUGUGUAUGACAGAGCAAAAACCUAUGUGCAGUAUAGGUCUACCUAUUUAUUGUUAGUAAAUGACUGUUAGUUAGUUAGGUCUAGUUAGUUUAACCAAGUUUAGUUUAGCUGUUUCUAUUUUAUUCGCCAUUAUGUGGGUUCUUCGUACAAUGCCCAAUGACAUAUGUUGGUAACCACUCCCAGGAGAAAUCUCGCUCUCAUUUCUGUAAUGUAGUUUCGCUGUCGGCACGUGCUAGACUGAGAACGGGGAAGGUAGUGUGCGCGAGUGGCACGCGGACAGAUGUGGCCCCGCCCUCGUGGUGCUCGCGCUGGAGUACACAGGGCCGGUCGCUCAGCCAAUCACAAGUUGCAGCGCCUCUUUUGCAUUGAAGCGGUGUCUCGCCAUUGGCCCGGAGCGUGCCGCUGCAAACCGCCUCGCGUGCCAUCAGAUGUCUGCUCCUGGGAAGCGCGAGCAGGAUAAAAAUAGUGUGAAGUGUGUUUGUUUAAGGCGCGUAGGGACAAGACUCUACUGCGGUUAAUAAAUAUGGAGUGACGUUAUAAAAAUGAUGAGCUGCUACUGAUGUGGUGGCUUAAGGUUAAUGCGGAUCAGCACAAACUGCAGUAAAAGAAUAAAAGAAAGAGUAUGGUGUGGUGUGGCAUAUAGGAUCUGAGUUGGGCAUAUUUGUUAUAGGCUUUUUAACUAUUAUUUCAAAAUACUGUAAAUACGUUAUUUUCGUUGCAUAGCCAUUCAAUGGCAAACUUUUGAUCCACUCAUCUUUUCAACUCUUAACGCUAAUUCCAAAAUCCAAGGAUUUAGACCUACUCAAAAUAUCAAGUUCAUAAAUGUUAACUCGUUCCCAUCUAUAACAUGAAUCCGAGUUGUUUUUUUCCUGCGUGUUUCCGACUUUGUAUUGUAACACAUUUUACUAAAAACUCUCGUGGCUCCUGUUCGGUUACACCGUAGACAGCGCACCAGUGUUCACUGGACUCGGUGUGGAGUCCACAUUCUUCCACAGCACGCACCAAACAGCUACAUUUCUCGAGGAGCAAGGCGCAUUCCCCUGUUAUCGCUUCACAGCCGCCGCCGUGCACCUCGCUCGCUUUGUUGUUUGUCCCUGCAGGGCUGAUUGCGCAGCGCGUGACUGACGGCCCGCGGGGGUGUUGUCCAAUCAGCAGCCUGCCCCGCGCCCAAUGGGUGAGUCCUUGCUGCCAUUGGCUGAGGCGAGUGUGGGAAAGAAUGCAGAGAGGGUUUCACACGAACUGGGAGCACGCAGGCCGGCUAUAAGUAGCUCCACGGCGCGUGUCAGUGGCAGAAGCGUAUCACGCUCCGAGACGCGCAGAUAAACACAUCGUGAGCCACUCCUGGAUGUUCUAGCGGGACACGCGGAGACUCUCCUCCAACUUUUUUCCUAACUUCGCCUUCUAUUGCCAAAGGGAUAUUAUUUUUUGCUUGUUCUUGGUUUGGUUAAUGAUGCCUGCCGAUACAAUGGAGAAGCAGACCGCAUCACCAAUUGCCGGUGCCCCUGCGUCCGGAUCACACACUCCGGACAAACCUAAAAAUGCCAGUGAGCACAGAAAGUCGUCCAAACCCAUCAUGGAGAAACGGCGCAGAGCUCGUAUCAACGAAAGUCUGGGUCAGCUCAAGACCCUCAUCCUGGACGCUCUCAAAAAAGAUAGCUCCAGACACUCUAAAUUGGAGAAAGCAGAUAUCCUGGAGAUGACUGUCAAGCACCUGCGGAACCUGCAGCGCGUGCAGAUGAGCGCAGCUCUCUCUGCUGAUGCCACGGUUCUGAGCAAGUACCGUGCUGGUUUUAACGAGUGUAUGAACGAGGUGACGCGCUUCUUGUCCACCUCUGAGGGGGUAAACGCCGAGGUGCGCUCUCGGCUUCUGAGCCACCUGUCCGGCUGCAUGGGCCAGAUGAUGUAUCCGCAGCAGGCCCCAUCCCAGCAGCACAUCGCGCAGCCUCUCCACGUGCAGCUGCCCUCCACUCUGCCUCUCAACGCCUCUAAACUCAGCCCCGCCGAGACCGCCUGCCCUAAGGUCCUGGGUGGUUUCCAGCUUGUGCCUGCCACUGAUGGACAGUUUGCCUUCCUCAUCCCAAGUCCGUCCCCCGUCAUCCCUCUGUACGCCAAUGCAGGGCCCGUGGCUGUUAACGCUAAUCCGGUUCAUGGCAGCUCCGUGCCACCAGCUGCUUCCCCUGUCCAUGGCAUGACAUCUUUUUCUGGGGCUCCUCAAGCGGUCAGCCCUGUGAGCAUAAGCACUGGCUCUGAGAGCAGUGAGCCAGUAUGGCGGCCCUGGUGAUGCCACCACCGGGGUCUGGACUGUAACACAUGGGUGUACCCGUGCUUUGGGACGUAGUUGUCCCACUAGUUGUUCCGUUUUAAGGGACGAGCCUGUUUUGGCUAUGGUAAUUAAUUUAUGGUCCACUCCAACAUUUGGAUGUGGAUGAUAAAGAGUUGUAAAUGCAUUUGGACAUUAGUGACACUGUUUAAAGUACUUAGUCUAGUUUUGUACAGACUUGUAAUUGUUUGUCAAACCAAAGUGUUUUAUAUUCUUUUCUUUGUUGUUUGUGUUGAACACGAAAUAUAAAAAGUGGGCUUGACCCAUUGUUUAAAUAAAAGAUAUUUUUAAACAUUA